AUGACUCUCUACAGCAUAAAUCAGGGUUUAAUCAAGUCAAUCAGAACAAGGACAAUAGACAGGAGCCCAACAGACAUAGCAGUCACAAGAAGUGGAGAGCUAGUGUAUACAGAUCAAUGGGAGAGAACUAUUAACAUUGUGAAGAGUGGAACUAAAGAAGAAGUGAUAAGAUUAGACAAAUGGAAACCUCUAGGCGUCUGUAGGACCUGCUCCCGCGACCUUCUCUUUACUAUGGAAAGUGAUGAUAAACAGUCCAAAGUUGCCCGAUACUCUGAUUCAACAGAGAAACAAUCCAUUCAGUUCGAUGAUAAAAAGGCACCUCUUUAUUCAUCGGAUGGUUCUCAUAAAUUCAUAUGUGAGAACAGGAAUCUUGAUAUCUGUGUGUCUGACUGUGGAGCUAAAGCAGUAGUGGUGGUCAAUCAGGCCGGGAAACUGAGAUUCAAAUAUUCUGGACAAGCUCCACUUCCAAGGUCUAGAGCAUUCAAUCCAAGAGGAAUCACUAGAGACAGUCAGAGUCACAUCCUCACGACUGAUUAUAAUAAUAACUGUGUCCAUAUAAUAAGCGAGAAUGGACAGUUUCGUCGUUACCUAAAUUUACCAUUUUAUGCUCUUGGUGGGUUGUGUACAAAUACAGAUGACACUCUGUUUCUUGUUGCUUGGAAAUAUUUCUUCAGUCUGUCAAGCUCUCUUGAGAAAAUCAAAUACCUGUAUUAA